AACUCUGUAUAAAGCCUCGGCAUGGAUUAGAAUAAGCAAGAUAAACUGUAAACUAGCUCAGAACUAACUCAGCCACAGCACCUACUGACACUCUCGAAAUAUGUUCAGCACUCUCGCCCGACAAUUACCGAGAUCUACAUCAGCCAUCAGCAAUGGAGGUCUCACCAAAUGCAUCAAGAUUAAAAGACCAAUCUCGUACAAAAUACGAAAAAUGCAAAACAAGGAUUUACCAGCGGUCAACAGAAUUCUAGAGAGUGAGAAAUGGGUAAUGGAGAAGGCCUACACGGAGUGUGCCUUUAAAACUGAUCCAACGGGAUUCUUCGUCGCGGAGAAAGACGACGGGGAAAUUAUAGGAUCACACGGAUAUCUCUCUCACACCAAAGACAUGGCUACGAUGGGCUUAUGGAUGGUGAAAAAGGAAUACAGAAAUUCCAAUGUUGGAUUGCAGUUAUACGGAAAAAUUCAUCAGGCUGUAGGGAACAGUAACCUUGGGACAUUCGUUUGGCCAUAUUAUGAAGAGAAGAUCAAGGAGGAACAUGGAGUCAAACCCAACAAAGCAUACAUGACUUGGUACAACUACGGACACAUAGAUCAACGGACGUGUAAGAACAAGGUAAAAGAGGAUUUCACAGUGGUACCUGUAGCACAGGCUAGUCUAUCUGGCCUUCUCAGGUAUGAUACCGACAUACACAAACUGGCUAGAGAGGACUACAUGAAGAACUGGAUAGAACAUGAUAAGUCUAAGACAUAUGUAGCAAUGCGCGAGGGAAAGGUGUGCGGAUAUGGAGUAUUGAGGUCUCAGGACUCUUACAACCAGAUAGCUCCUUUGUAUGCAGAUGACAAAAGCGUGGCGAAGGGAUUGUUUCGUCAUCUUGCAGGAGAAGUUCCCACGGGUGAAAAGGUAGGAUUUUCCAGUCCGUUUGAAAAUUCCUCUGCUACAGAGUUCGCGGCAAUAAAUAAAAUGAUGAAACCAGGAAUUCCUCUCAUCAUGGUGUACAAGGGUGAGCCAGUCGAUGUGGAUACGGACAAAGUAUAUGCUGUAUCAUCGAACUCAUUUGGAACAUGUUAGACGACAGACACAAAUAAAUUAUAUGCCGUGAAAUAUUCAUUUGUUUAGGUUUAGAUAAACAAUAGUGAUAUGAACUGUUUAAUCAUGAAGGACAUCCGUUUAGGAGGCGCCAUAUAUAUACAUACCGUCCAUUGUUCUAUAUUAUAUGUAACAUGUUGAAUGUUUGUUUACAGUGUUAAAAACAGGUUGUGAAUCAA